UAAUUUCACAGAGAAGGUUCUGCAUCGUAAUUUUUAUUUUAAAUUCCAUUUAUUUUCCUCAUUUACACAUUAAAUAUGAUGGCAAGUAGUUGUUAAGGAAGUGCGCUAUUAGUGUAACAUGAAGAUAAAAGUGUAAAAUUAAGAAAAACCAGGAAAAUGUGAAAGUGAAAUCAAUUGUGUAAAUGUGUAUGAGAUUUUUAAGUUUUUAUUUCUCCAUAAAUGAUGUCACUUACGGCAUUUACAAAUUUCCUGUAAAAUAGCUAAAAUGAUUAUCUAUCGACCGCGACUUGCCAAAACAAUCUUGUGCAAAUAGAAAGUGACUUAAUGUGUGUGUGGUGUGGUUGGUGCUGUUUGUGACGUUUUCUCAUUAAUUUCAUUUAAUUUCAUCGAAAAGAUAUAAACAACUCGGAUAAUGAAUGAAUCAUAAUUUAGAUAAAAAAAAGCAACCACACAGAGUUAAUAAUAUAUAAAUGAAAAAGAGAAUAUGAAGAGUGAUGAUAAGAGAAACUUCAUUUUAUUGAUAAAAAAUACAUUUAUGGUAUUUGUCGAGUAAAAAAAAAGAGUAAAUUUAUAUUUGUAAAUAAUAUUAAUAAACCAUAACGUCCAAAAAAUGGUGAUAAGUGGGGGCCUUGCGCCUCUCGAAUUUGCUGACUGCCUUCUUGAUAGUCCUGAUUUUCGUGAGAAUUUAAAUCGUCAUGAGAAAGAGCUGGAGAAAACGUCACAGCAAAUUAAAAGGAUAAUAAAGGAGAUAAAAGAUCUUAUGCAAGCAGCAAAAAGUUUAUCACGGUGCCAAAGAACAUUAGCAAAGAGCUUAAAUGAAUUUAAUUUUGAAUGUAUUGGAUCAACGCAAACAGAUGAUGAGCAAGUGAUAGCAGCAAGUCUGAAACAAUUUAGUAAGCUAAUAUCCGCGAUAGAGGAUGAGCGAGAUAACAUGCUUGAUCGAGCUCAUGAUCAAAUCGUAGUUCCUUUAGAAGGCUUUCGAAAAGAUGCAAUCGGAAGUGUAAAAGAGAAGAAGAAGCAGCAUGACAAAAAGACUGCAAAAUUUUGUACAGCACAGGAGAAAAUUCUGAGUUUGUCAUCCAAAAAGCCUGAGACUGUUGUUGUUGAGGCCGAUGCUGCGUUAGAUAUGCUAAAACGUGAAUACAUCCACGAGUCUUUAAAUUAUGUACUCAAAAUACAAGAAGUUCAAGAGCGAAUAAAAUUCGAAUUUGUAGAAAUUUUAUUGGGUUUUAUGUCAGGAUGGCUUGUUUUUUAUCAUCUCGGACAUGAAGUAGCAGAAGAUGCCAAAGAAUACAUGACGGACUUACAGCAUAAAGUUCAAAAAACUCGCGAGGGUUACACAGAGUUUCGAGAAAUAGCAAAGGAAUUAAAAUCAAAAUACAUGCAUUUCCAACUGAAGCCAGAGUCUGAAUUCACAAAUCAAGGCUAUCUUUAUUUAAUGGAAAAAAAAGCCUUUACAGCAACAUGGCAGAAAUAUUAUUGUACCUACAAGAAGGAAAACAAACAAUUUACAAUGCUUCAGUACAACCAGCAGAUUCCAGGACGAAUCCAAUCGACUCCUGAAAAAUUAACACUUGCUAGUUGUAUAAGAUGCAUAUCGGAUUUCGAGAAGAGAUUUUGCUUUGACUUGACAUUUGAUCAAAAGCCAACAAUUGUUUAUACAUUUCAAGCACUUUCCGAGAAAGAUCGAAAAGUUUGGCUUGACGCGAUGGACGGGAAAGAACCUGUAUAUUUAACGCCUGGAAAAAGCACAAAUACUGUACAAGAGGAUGAAUAUAUACUAGAUGAAGUAGGUUUUGCAUUUGUAAAAAAAUGUAUCGAGACACUCGAGAAACGAGGAUUAGAGGAGGAAGGGCUUUAUCGUGUCAGCGGUGUAGGAACGAAAAUUAAUAAACUUCUUCAACUUGGCUUGGAUGGCAAAAAGACUGAAUCAGAGCGGCUUACAGUUUUUACGGAAGAGCAACAUUUAGACGUACUAGAGAGUAAAACGAUUGCUAGUGCACUGAAGCAGUAUUUGAGGAAAUUAAAGGAACCAUUAAUGACUUACCGAUAUUUUAAUGGAUUUUUAGCGGCCGCAAAACAAGAGCAGCACAUCCAAAGGAUAAGUGAUGUUCAUGCAUUAACCCAUCGACUUCCAAAAAAUCAUUUCGAAAUGCUCGACAUUAUUGUGCAGCAUCUUAAAAAGGUGGCAUCAAAGAGUCACAAGAAUAAAAUGUCAAUCUUUAACUUGGGUGUCGUGUUCGGACCGACCUUACUGAAAGCGUCAGAAGAUAGUCUAGCUGCUGUGUUGGAAAUUAAAUUCAAUAACUUAGUCAUUGAAAUCCUAAUAGAAAAUUAUGAGCUUAUAUUUAAAAAUCAGCCUGGCAAAUCAUCCGAUUAUGUUUCACGUAAUUCAUCACUUAGUCCACCAUUCCAACGGUCAUCAAAUUACAACUAUCGUGAGUCAUCAGCUGUUGGUGAACAACGAUCUCAUUAUCCACAACCAAUUAGAGUGGUGGCAAAAUCAAAUUAUACCGAUCCAAUCAUGUCAAGUAGUUUGCAAAGCAUUCCAAAUGGCGUUUCUUUAUAUCAUUCCACAACAUCAACAACUGGCUCAUCCAACAUUAAUCAACAUGGUAAUCGAAAUCAUCGCUUUCAGGGAGGAAAUUCACAGCAAUCAACUCCACCAUCAUAUUCAUUGUACGAAACAAAAUCGAGCACAAACAUUAAUCAGAAGUCACUAUCGCCUAUAAUGCGUGGCGGUGAUGCUUCAUUGUCAUCGAGAGAACUUAGUAGUGUAACAAACUAUCUUAAAUCGGCAUCACCGCCUACGACGCUCAACAAUAAUAGUUACCAGAAUGCAAUUUAUGUUCAAAAACAACAAUUUUACAAUAAUGUCAAUAAGUUUGCUCGUGACAAUGCGCCUAGUGCUACAACAAAUUUAUCAAGAAGCGGCGGAUUACUUGAUAGUUCUUAUGGCACCGUCACGAAUCAACCGUUGAGCCAACAAUUGCAUAAUAAAUCUGUACAUCACAACAUAUUGACAUCAUCUGACACCAAUUUAUCGAAAUUAUUUGAUCGCGUUCAUUCGUCGGACGAGUCUGUUUGUUCCUCAUCUAGUCGCGAUUUAAAUUUAAUCUCUCAGCAGCAACAGCAACAACAACAAAGUCAGCAAAAUCAGCAAUCCCAACAUCAUUAUCCAUUGUAUGGAACAACUAGAGAGCUUAACAAGUCGAUUAGUGGAAGUAAUAAGCAGCUAAAUAUUUGGAGUGAUUUUCCAAGACAGCCACAAAGUCAGACGCAGCAGCCACAAACGCAGCCGGUACCGCCACAGAAAAUCUAUAAUGAUGUCAUAUCGACUAGUCACAGUAACAAUAAUGGAUCGGGUCAUAUUCCAAAAAAGCAAGAACGUGGGCACAAAGAUAAAGACGAAAUUGUAAAAGCUAAACCUUAUAAUAUUCAACAAAAUUGUCGCGUACGCACGCUGUAUGCUUGUCUAGCAGAAAAUGAGGGUGAACUUUCUUUUGAACCAAAUCAAAUUAUAAUUAAUGUAUGCAGAUCAAACGAACCUGGAUGGCUUCAUGGCACGCUAAAUGGAAAGUCCGGUCUCAUCCCAGAAAACUAUUGUGAAUUUCUGAACUAAUUACGGUUUUCAAUGUUUUGAUGUGAUUAUAAAAAAAGAAGAAGAAGAAGAAGAGCUUUCAUGCAACAUAAAAAAAGUAAUGAAAAAAUACAAAAAAAAAAUGUCAAAGACUAGAAAUCUAAACAAGAAACUUAAAAAUUUUUGUAAUUAAUGAUGAGAGACAAUUUUAUCAGUAUUUGGUUAAUAUUAUUAUUAUUAUUAUUGCAUCUUAUUUCCAUCAUAAUUAUUGAUUUUGGCAGUAUUUAUGACACAUUUUAACCUAAUUUUAUAUGUUUGUUUUUAUUAAAUUAACUUAACUUAAUCAAAGCAUAAAAAACCUUUAAAAAAUGGCCAUAACAUUUUUCAAAAUAUAAAUAAUAAAAUAUUUGCCAUCAAAUACA